AUGCGUCGCCAAAUCCAACCUCCUUCACAUCUCAAGGUCGCUCCAGGCUUGUAUGGUCCUCCUCGCAUCGAAGUCAACAACGUUCCCGUCGGAUCCAAUCAAUACGCUGCUCCUGCUGGUGGCUUGAGCUCGGGAAUCGCUUCUGGAGACAAGUUUAUUCCCGCAAUCCCCGCUAUUCCAGGCUUCAGAACCAGUGCUGCCUUCUUCACUUCUCUAUCCGCAAACCUUCAAAUCGAUCCCGAUUGCCCUUCACCACUCCACACCCCACUCACCUUCCGGACCCCCAACAACGCUUUCCUGCCACCUCCAUCACCCCUCGCCUUCUCCACCAUCGCACCACACAUUCCCUACCCACCUCAAUCGCUUUCCUCGGAAGCAGAACCCACCAUGUCUGCCCCGUCAUUGUCCAACACUGCGAGCGCACCUUCCUCAUCUGCGCCCGCCGAUGCCCUCCCUGAACUUACGACUUACCCCUCGACCACACAGGAAGAACGCAUUGCCGCCCUUCGCCUCGUGGCAGACUCUGUAGCUCAACAGCGCCAAGUUGCCAGCAAGAUGCUCAUCUACCACCCACUCAAUAUCGCAGCUUUCAUCCUACUCCUUGGCGUCCUUACCAAACUCAUCUACACAUCGCAAGACGCCAUCUAUCUGCUCUUCACCACGCUCGGUGGCGCUACUUUCUCGUGCCUUAUCGCCGUUCGCUGGGCUACAUCGCGGUAUAUCCAGCACGCCGAGACCAUCAACUGGGACUGGCUCGGCGACGAUCGCGUUCUGGUUGUGAAAUGGGGUCAGGAAAUCAUUGGAUCGUUGGUUCUAGGGUGGGCGGAUGCCGAGGCAGGCAAGAAAAAGGGCCACGCGAAGAGAAAGCGUGGAAAAGCCGUUGUCCGCGCUUGGACUGUGCGGGGAAAGUACCGAGGGAAGGGCAUUGGAGAGAGCUUGUUGGAGGAAGCGGUAAAGGUUGCUGGAGAGCGAGGUGCAGACGGGAUUGUGUUUGCUGAGGACCAUGCGAAUUCUAAACGCGUUCUCCCCGCCGUCUACAACUCUUUCCUAGACAAGCAAGAAGCCCGCGCUGAAAAGGCCCUUGAGAAGGUUGCCGACGAGAAGGGCAACUUCCGCCAAAGGCGCUCGUCGCCCACUUGGGGAAGCCGAUGAACAUCUCCCUCUUCAUUGUCUCUUUUUCACUCCAAAGACUCAAUAGACUACACUCGAACUCUUUCUGCCAUUCUCAAUUGGGUAUGGAUGUCACAGGCCUGGAUCUAUCAUCCCUUCGUUUUUCACCAUAUAUAUUUUUGAUCUCGCUUUUUAAUGGCUGGCUUUGCUGGGGAAGGUAUCUAUUGGCUCUUAUUCCUUACAUGGCAGCAUCGCGGUUUACAAAGAUGAUACCCUCACUCUUGUCCUGUUUUAUUCCUAUUUAUAUAUACCUUCGCUUUACAAGCCUCAAUCGUUGGUUACGCAUUGAGAAUAAUCAACGUUUUUGAGCCAUUACUGAUUUCUUAUCUUAUACUUGUGAUGUGCUAUUUUGAGUCCCGUGAAUACUUCGACAACCCGCCAUCCAAGUGUUUACUUGACUGGCUCUGCUGUAGUCCAUCCUUCCAAGAAACAAGAUGCUUAUCAACUACAAACCAAGGUAGAGAUAUUCCUUCUGCCUGAUUUGGAUCGAUUCCAAAUGAGAACCAUCAGGCUCUCCGCGAGCGACCUUACCCAGGUAACCAUUUCUCGCCCAAGAUGACAAAAACCUGCUGGCGUUCCCCAAAAUCGGUUGAAAUACGAGCCUGGCUCCAAUCAUAUACCCAGCUGUGUAGGCAAAAAAAGCAGGCAAUCAAUCAAUCAAUUAAUCACACCUUAUCGCGUCAUGCAUGCAUGUGUGCGUGCACGAGCAUGCAGUCGCGUUUACACCGCACUGCAUUUGCACCGCCAUAUAAUCAAAACACCUUCACAAAUAAGCAGCACGUCUCUGAAAAGAAAAAGGGUUGUACAUUCCUACCCCUCCUUCUGUUCAACAAGCUUUCCAUGGCCUAGAAUGGUGACUUCGAUUCACACCGCUCCACAUAGCACAACUCACGCCAACAAGAAAUAU